AUGGAGGAUCCCUGGAGUUCCCCUUGGGUCACGGACGCUCCGGCACCUCCAACAAUCGAUCUGCCUUCCGAGCCUCCGCGAGCGCAUUACGGCAAUUCACCCCGCAAGACGUCCCCGUCUCUCUCUCCAUGGCGCCGGAGUAUAGACAUCGGUGUGGAUGACUGGGGAGGGUGGAGUGUGCCGGCGACCGGCAAACUCAGCCCAGGUUGGGCGAGCAGUCCGAAUUUGAAGCCGCUAGAGAGCAGUGCGGGUGUAGCGCCAGAUCCAUGGGCUCUGGCGGUGAGUGAAGAGGGAGAAGUGGCAAAGACAUCUGGCUCCGCCAUCUGCGUGGGAAAUGAUGGACGAGCGGACGGGCGUGAUGGCUUGACAGCGCAGAUUGAGGAGAGCAGUAUCUGGGAGAGACAUGUCGAACCACAGCAGAAAGGUGCUGCGGAGCGGAGUCGUUCUACAGACACGGAGCCUGCGAGAUCGCUUUGCCGAAAGCCGGUAUCCAAAGUGCAAGAGUUGGUUGAAAGGUACGAUGGUAUGGCGAAGACGUCGAGUGUGGGGGUGUCGAGCACGGAGAGGGCGGCAACAAACGAGGAAGAAACGCUCCCAGAAGUGAAUGAUUGCGAAUUCAUACAAGAAAGGACCGCUCAUCUGAAUAAGAGGGCUGAGGAGUCAGUUCCCCAACUACAAGCCAUAUCCGAGUCUACCGAUGGCAGAGUUCCAAGCGAAAUGGCUCUUGUCGAGGAGGAGGAAGGUGCAAAUCCGAACCAGGAGACAACGAAUGGCAGUACGGCUCGUUCAAUUGAAAAUAAGAGCUUGACGCACAACCCAAGGGCAUCACCAGUUUCGUACCCCGUCGACUUUUCAAGUCUCAAUGUGCUGUUUCCCAACACGCAAGCCGUCACCGCCAUCCCUGAAGAGCUCCCCGAGCCCGUGAUGCAAGAGUGCUUCACCUCCGUGUCACAGCGGAAGGCCUGGUAUCGCAUAUCCCGGUUUGGCUCCGCGAGGAAAUACAACUACGGUAAUGAUGACAACUAUGUCAGAGUGGGUUGGAAGGAUUCAACCAUUCGCAAAGACACAUUGACCACGGUCCGCCGAUGGAUGGAGGAGGACAGCAUUGGGGGGAGAAUCGUACUGGGACGAAGGCUAGGCAACGGGGGCAGCAGCAUGUUCAAUUGGGACUCUAAAGCGCCGCCCAUCGAGAUCGGUGAGCUGUUGGCGAGGGAGAAGCAGAAGCCGAAAGGACGUGUCCCAAAGGCUUCGGCUACCCGAGAAGGGACGGUCACAUCACCUACAACUGCAUCGUUUGGAUGGAGCAGCAGUAUCCCAACGUCCCCGGCGACGGAGAGGACUUCUUCUGAGUGGCAUGCAAAGUCGCCUCGUGUCGCCGAGACGACAGAGAGAGACGAGCUGGACAAACAGAGUGUAUCUGCCAGGGUGCUUGAAUCUCGCCAAAGUUCAAAACUAUCAGCAGACCAGUCUAUACCUGCUGAACUGGGGCCAAUAGCUGCGUCACAGGACGAAGAUGAAGACUGGGGGGACAUGGUAUCGUCCCCAACUCUGGAGUCUACUGUCGAGUUCGAUGCAAUGACUCUCAGCGAGGCAGCAAGUCCCCCAACUCCAAAGCCUGACUCAGAGCGGCUGAUUUCGAAGGCUAAUGAAUCCAAUGAACCGACCUAUGCUUUCAAUGCUUCGACAGAGGAACUGGACCCUUGGGGAGGCUCGGAGGUCUGUGGCGGCAAUAAUUCGCGGAGACAUGCUUUGCAGCACGUGCCAUCGACAGAGGAAGAAGCGGCAGCGUUGAAAACAGCACCUGAAAACGCCUCCUCGCCAGCCCUUCCUGGACAACCUACACAGGACGAGGUCAUUUGCACACCGGAGCAGCCUUCGAGUCCCACUCCUUCAAGACCAGAGGGCAUCGAACCCGGGCCUCGUAAUUCCCAGGAUGGCGAGAGAGUGGCCGCUAUUCUGGCUGCAGUGCCCGACCUGUCAUAUAUGCUGAGGUGA